UAUUAACUGAGUGCGUGUUUGGCAACAACAAAUCAACAGAAUUUCGAACAAAAUCAAUAAAACGGAAACGUGAGAGAGCGCUGCGCAAAAGAGAAAAGCGAACGCAAUCGCAAUCGACCAACGCAUAGAAGAAAACAAGCCGCCUGCCAGCCAAAGCCAAGAAUUCCACAUUACAAAACACCUCACACUGCAUUGCCCACAUUCCCAAGUAAGCUGCCAUGAGUUAAGAUCAAGAUGCGAGUCCAGGAUCUGUUGCUGCUUGCCACCGCUUUAAUCGGCGCUUUUCUACCGCUCACCGCCGCCUGUUCCUCGCGUGCCAUCGCCAAGCCGCGGCCCACAGCUGCACCGAUCCUGCCGCCGGACAAUGUGGAGAUAUCCACAACGCCGAGGCCAAAUGUCACCUUCCCGACCUUCGCCUGUCCACCCACCUAUGACGCCUGGUAUUGCCUGAACGAUGGCACCUGCUUUACGGUGAAGAUCCACAAUGAACCACUAUACAACUGCGAAUGUGCCUUGGGAUUCAUGGGACCGAGGUGCGAGUUCAAGGAGAUUGAUGGCUCGUACCUGCCAACCAGGAACCGCGUGAUGCUAGAGAAGGCCAGCAUUGUUAGCGGAGCAACGCUGGCCCUUCUGUUUAUGGCCAUGUGCUGUGUGGUAUUGUACCUGCGACACGAGAAGCUGCAAAAACUAAAGCUGCACGACAGCACUACAACCACAACGACCGACGGUGGUUGUCAGAACGAGGGCAUGGACGAGGUGGAUGGUUUGCGACCCUUGCGCCCAGUGAGACGUCCCUUUGGCCCCUGCCGCAUCCUAUCGCUGGAGGAGGCUCACCUUCAAGCGACAGCCUCCAAUCGCCCCAGGCAUUGCAACGAACUUUUGCGCUAACUAAUUAGCCUGGCUGCUCAUUUGUUUUUAAAUGUCUAACAUGUCCAACUGUUUAUUUUAACUGCUAAACGAAACUAUUAUUUUUACCAUCUGAUCGGAUGGCGAAUGCUGUAGUUCUAAGUGCCUACUGACGUGCCUAUAAAACAUUUAGAUCAAGUAUUAACGAACGAAAACUGAUUGCUCAGAGAGAGAGAUAAAAAUAAAUCUAGAUAUAAUUCAAUGCAAUUUUGGCAGCUAGCCGCCCAUUUAUUUAUUAUACACCUAAUUAUAUUAAAAACGCGUGGACUAAUAUCGUUAAUAAAAUCGAGAACUAAACUAAA